AUGGAGCCCAUUUACGGAACGAACAAAAAGUACUUGCAAAGCAUCGCCGGCAGCGACUACUACCGCAGUCCGAGCACACUCCGGCCCAUGGCCAGCGAAUAUGCUUCAUACCAGAACACUCUCGGGCGACGCUCGACACUCGUUGGACCGUACACACACAUGAGCAAAUACUCCUAUCCCACGGAUGUGAGCGUAAGUAGCCACUAUGGCUACACUUCUUGGGGUCUCUGGCGCGACAGCCGCAACCUGUCCUCGGCCCUGUACGCCAAGAAGCAGAAAAACAUCAAAUCGUUCUCCAUACUGUUGAUGUCUGCGGCGUUCAUCGUCGUCCUGGCGGUGCUCUGCGUGGCCGGUCUGGCGUUCUACUUCAGUACAUUCAAGACGGAUCUAAGCGGAUCAAUCCUGGCUUUCGACUGCACGUUCCGGGUGGCGCGGGGUGAUAUCUACACCACUGGUCUGCGGAGCAACAGCACCCCGGUGUACCGGCAGAAGACGGCGUUCUACGAAAAGCUGAUCGAUACGUCGCUCGAGCGCAGUGGCCUCACCGUUUCCCGAGCGGAAAUCAUGAGCUUUGGUGACGGCCCAAACAUCGUGCUCAGCUUCAGGGUGUUUCUGGACAUGCGGAAGAUUAAGAUCACCAUCAACAACGUGGAGGAGCACAUCCGGACCGCCUUCCUGAGCGAGGUGCUCAACCCGAACUCGGCGUUCAAGAGCAUACGCAUCGAUCCGGACAGCAUCGAGAUUAAGCGGCUGCUCGACCAGGACGUACUGAAGACGGCCCUCCUGACGCGCCACGAGGCAUUUCCGCCGACGGUGGUCAAGCCUGGCCAGCCCGGCGCAGAGCACGAUGGGCGCCACGUCACGAAGAAGAGCGGCGUGAUCGAAAAAACUAUCCACAAGUUCACGCCUCGCGUGCCACCGCACACCGGUGGUGGCGGUGGCGGAGCCGCCGCGUUACCCCCUCUGGUCGAGGCCGAGUCCGACAUUGACAUGGAUAAUUUACCGGUGAUACAGGGUUCGUUUGAGAUAACGAAAACCGACGCCGACAUCACGCAGAAGCGGAAGGGGUCCGGCGCCGGCGAACCACCGGCCACCGUCCCUAGGCCUGCGCCACCGCCGCCGCCCCCUGCGACGUUACCCACCACGGCGUCACCGGCCCGCGGCGGCCAGGAUAAACCGGUGGGCCCGAAAUCAAAAUAUGAAACGGCCACGGCAAAGAUCGAAAAAAUGGAUAAGCACGGAGCGACGACGAAGAAAAUUAAAACCACUCAAGCCGGGGGUGGCCGACGGUCUUCGACGGUCACCGCAACCACCACCAAAACGGCGCACCCCAAGAGUGGCGUGAGGUCCACCACAACAACUACCACUACGGUGGCACCGCCACUGUCUGUGACGGUCGCGGCCAGCUCAUCGACCACGGAGAAGACACCGUCUCCGGUCAGCGGCACGACAAACCGGAUGACAACCGUCCGCUAUCAAGUGCUGGCAUCACUGGCGGCGAACGCCGUCAACGAAACAUCAUCAUCCGCGUCAUCGUCCUCGGCCGAGUGGGACGAGCAGCAGCUGGUGGACAUGGCCGGACCGGGAGCAUACGAUGUUGACCAGUUGCCACCGGCGGCGAUUGGCGUGGAUCCGUCGGCCGAUGAGGGUGUAAAGAAUGACACCCUUCUGUUGGGGAACAUUUUCCAGGCCAUCAUUAAUGACAGCACGCCCGAGGAGUUGACACCGGCGCGGAGGCGCCUCGGGGUGGACAGCAUACCGAAGCUGGACGUGAACCUGUUCACCAGUGCCCCGGUCCUGGACAAGCAGCCCUGGCACCCAAUCAGCCACCAGCAGCAGCAGCAGCAGCCGGAGUCGGCGGAACUCCCGGCAAAGUCGGUGGCCCAGCGUACCGGGUUGCCGGCCCGCAAGAAGCCAUCGCUGGCGGAGGAGAUCCUGUACCGGAACCGGCCGUCGGACAUCGAGAGUGCGCUCGCGUACACGGAGAAUCCGAACGGGCCGAUCACUUACUACCAGAGCUACACCAACCCGAGCUUCGGUUCGUCAACGCUCGGCAUCGAGCCGCUCGGGGUGCUGGACGUGCGGCCGUACCCGCUGCCGGUGGACAAGAUCCACGAGGAGAUGAUACCGGACUUCAAGUACCUGGCGCCGACGGCCGUGGACGCGACCGAGCAGCUCCUCAAUCCGACGCUGGACGAGCAAAAGUUCGAGCACCUCGGGGACGGUGUGAUUGCCAAGAAGCCAGACACGGGUGGGUCCAGGGACGAGCCGGUCGCCGCCACGACGACAGAAGCAAUCGAAACGACUACCCUCGUGUCCUUGGAUGUCCAAUCAUCCGACGAGACCGCUUCAACGGAGGGUCCGUACUACGGGUCCGGGGAGCUAAACGCCACGCUUGACGAGGAGCAGCUCAUGAUGGAUGUCGCGAUGGACCUCGCGGAGUCCCGGCUUAGUCCGGACGAGGAAGUGACAACGACGAUGCUCCCGUCAUCCGUCACCACGCUGACGUCGGCGGAAUCGGACAUUACCGACCCACCCACCUCGGUGACAACACCGGCCACCUUGCCUUCGACGACGGAGUUCGGAGCGCCCUCUAGUGAGGAACGCGACAACGACUCACAGGAGGUAACGACGGUGCCGUCGGAUGGCGUGCUAACCGCGGGCCGCCCCUCCACAACGUACGUCGAGGUGGAAACGUUAAAGUACAGCCCGCCGACAGUGCCACCCCCCACCCCGACCCAACCGGCGCUGUUCCCGAUCACGAAGUGGGAGUUCGUGAACGGAACUCGGCGGACGACGGCCGAGAAACCGCCGACCCGGAAGGUGUUUAACGAGACGCUCCAGGCGCUGGUGGUGGAGAACGUGGCGCCGGAAGCGACGACCGCCCCGGUGCUGCCCCGGUUGCCCGCUGCCGCAGCCAACCAGCUGGCCGACCUGAAGGUGAACCGCUCGCAGAACUUGCAGAACCUGUCCGACAUCUUCGAUACGCUCGCGUCCAAGCUCGGCAUCCGGCCGGAAGUGUCCAGCAAGCUGCCACCCUUUUCUUCGCUCGCCAAGAUCAAGCACCGGACGGCGGGCAAACCUCGCCCCACAACGUCCCCGUCCACCACCAGUACCGGGCGGCCAAAGCGGAAGAAAACGCGUCCUGCCACGACCGGCUUCCCGGAGACGACGACUCCGAUGUCGCGCGUCAUCCCGACCGUCACCAACGACGAGAUCGAAGACGCGGUUCCGGUGAUGCUCGAGACCGUCUCGUCCGAGUCUGCCGAGCCCCCCGCGGUCCCGGUCGUCAUCGGCCAGGCGGAAGUGGAAGUCAUCGAUCCGAGCAUCUACGAGGAGAUGCUCAGUUCGCUGGCACUCGCCGCCAGCGUCCCGGAGCGGACACAGGUCCCGACAACACCGCCAGCGCCACCCUCGACGCUCGUCACGCUGCUGCCGGUCAAGUCGAACUCGGGCAUCCGCAACUUCCGGCCCAAAACGAAGCGACCGCCAGCGCCGGCAACGGCUACGGUCCUGGGCGCCGGCCGACGUCAGGGCGAUAAAACCGAAAGUCGGAAUCCGCCGGCGGCGGCGGCGAAGGCGGCGGACGAACCCACGGUGGACUUAAAACUAAUGGAUGCAAAUAAAACGGCAGACGAGGCGGAAAGCGGCCACCGGGGAACAGAGCGACCGCCGGCACGGGCGGGAAGUAAUAAAAAUAACACGAUGGUCGAAACGGUGGUCCGGGCCAGCAUGCGCUUCGAGUCGUAA